UGGUACAUGUGCUGUGAGUGAGUUGUGAGCGGUGAAGUGAAGUGCGUGUGGCAACAGGUGUGCCCAGGCGGUGCGCGUUGCACAAAAUGUGAAAAAGAUACGUGAUACCUGGGUAGCACCAACAGCUGAGCAAGAAAAUGUCAGGUGAAGGCGCAGGCAGUCGAGAAACCUCAAUUAGUGAUAGUCCUUAUGAAUGUAAAAUGGAAGACAUGCAAAAAUGUGAGGGUGCGGCGGACAGUGCGAAAAAUACUGACGGUUCUGUUACGGCUGAUAGUGCUAUUAAAGCUAACGGCCAGAUAGAUUUAUCACCAAAUGAAGAUAAAGAUGAUGAUAGUGAUACAGGUGACAUAGAUAAAAGUCCGGUUCAUGUAUGGAAUGAGCCUGUAUCGCCUGUGGACAGUGAAGCCGACCAGUUUCAAGAUGCAUUUGAUUCAUUUCAUAGUAUAGAUAAUAUUGAUAAUGUGACAGUUUCAGAAGUUAAAUCUGUGAACACUAAAUGUGAUAUACAACAGUACAGCCAACAUAACAACAACUCUAAAAAUGUUGCUGACUCAGAAUUCAGUGCUGAAGAUAGUACUUCAAAUGGCAGUGAGAGCAGUACAAUGAGUGAAAGUACUCAAGAAUGUGAUGAGAAUAGGUGCAUACAAGAUCAGCAAGGUAUGUUAGUGGAAGAGGGAGUAGAAACAUCAAAUGAACAUAGUCUGAAAGGAAACUCUGAAGAACAGUCAGAAAAUGUUAAAGACGUAAUUGAUGAGGUUAUUAGUGAAUGCUGUGGUAGUGGUGAUGAGAAAAAACACCAACUCAGUAUGGAUUGCACACCUGUUAAGGAUUUACCACAAGUAACACAGUUACCAGUUGUUGGGGAAAAGGAUUCUAUAAGGACAGAGGAAAACCAGUGUACUACAAAGGGAAGCACUGUAACAGAGGAGAGUGGUGAGGAAGAUGGGGUCAUGGACUUCCUUGGCAAGAGUAACAAUCAAGCAGAGGCACGCCUUGCAGCACGGAGGCAAGCAAGAGCAGAGGCCCGUGAGAUCCGCAUGCGGGAGCUUGAACGACAGCAGAAGGAACUUGAAGAAAAUGCUGACAAAGUCUACGACAUGUACACGGAUCCAACAUCGCGAGCAGCACGUGUGGCAGCCACUGUUACAUCAGGAAGACUGUCUGCCGGUGCAGGUGGCAGUAGCGGGAGUUAUACGUCGAGCCGCAGAUCUUCCGAGGACUCUUUGGAGGAAGGUAUCAACCUUCGGGAUGUUAGGCUGGAGCUGAAGGAGGUAGAGGAGAAGUUCCGGAAAGCAAUGGUCCAGAAUGCGCAGUUGGACAAUGAGAAAGCUUCAUUGACAUAUCAAGUGGAGCUGUUAAAGGAUAGACUCGAAGACCUGGAAGAACAGCAUGCACAGCUGCAGAGAGAACACCGUGAUAAAUGCAGGGAGCAUGACCAGCUUAAGAGAGCAGCAACGAAGUUGAAGGAGGAAGUAGAAUGGUUUCGAAUUCAACUUGAGGAAAGAGAUCUCCUAAUCAAGGAAGCAGGCAUGACAAUAGUUGGCGAUGACCAGGUGUCAAGUGAAGAUGAUAGUGGAGGGGAAAGUGGUGGGACCCCAACACGACAACCACCUUCCAAACCUCGAAGAGCACUGGUGUCCAUUGAAUCCGCGGAACUCCUUGGAACAGCCGGCGAAGGCUCGCUGGAUGUACGACUGCGUCGGAUAGCAGAGGAACGCAAUGAGCUGCUGGAUGAGGUGCGUCAUCUCAAGUUGGAGCUCGAGGAGUCACGCAGCCGUCAGCAUAAAGUGUCGGGGUUGGGUACAGGAUUGACAAAUUCUGUUGCCAGCCUGAAUGGGCCAGACACUUCGGGUAUAGCUGCAGAUCUGCAGAGAGAAGCAAAUAAACAGCUGGGAGACUACAAGUUCAAGCUGCAAAAGGCUGAGCAAGAUGUGUCAACACUGCAGGCAAAUGUGGCGCGACUGGAAAGCCAAGUUAUUCGUUACAAAGCAGCAUCGGAGUCUGCUGAGAAAGUUGAAGAUGAGCUGAAAGUGGAAAAGCGGAAAUUGCAGAGAGAGUUACGUGAAGCCCAGGCACGGAUUGAAGAACUGGAGACGACCAAUACACACCUCCAACGACGCCUUGAUAAGCUGAAGAGUGCCAAGUCUGCCCUGCUGAAAGAGCUGUGAGGCUCAUUUGCAACCUUACAUGCUGUAGCUCUGACUACUUGCAGCAUUUGUUCUCGCUUUGGCUGUCUCCACUGUGUAAUUGGCAAUAUCCGUGCCAUUUGCAAUGUACUGAAAUUAAUAUCAGGACAGUUUACCAUAGCAAGAAAGCUGAUAAAAGCAAAUCUCCUCAUCUGCUCUAGAGAGUUAAAUUUGUGUGCACCCUCCUGAUAUUUUAAAUUUUUUAUCUCAUAUGUCAGAUGUUAUCCGGCCUCAUGAUAACUGAUAAUAUGUGUUGAGAAAAGUGCAUGGACAGCCUGUGGUUUCAUUUGCAUAAACCACGUACAACAAAGUCCAAGAUAAUUCAGUUCAUCUGUUGUUACAUUAAAAUACAUUUGUCCACAGCAUUGAGCAUGUGCUGCCUGUUGUGUAACUGUGUUUAUAAAAGAGGGGUAUUACUUUGCUGCUUGCCCCCCAAGUCACACAAUGUUACUAUUUAUUUGUCAGCUUGACACAGAAGUGUGAUUAACAGUCAUAACAAAAUCAAGGGGAAAAUCUGAUGACCUGCUUUACUCGCAACCUUCAAAAUUGUAUCCAUUUUGAUCUAGUUGUACUGCAAAACUCUAAAACCAUGCUACUUUUAAAACAUUUGUGCUUAUCAUUCAAAACAUUUUAAAACUUUCUGAAUUUAUUAACCUGCUUCAUUGUGCUUUAUUUUAUAAUGAAAAUUGGAGAAAUCUUUACACAGCAGUUGAAAGAUAAAAGAUUGUGGUUCUCAUCUAGUUAGCUGUUAGAAUACAGUUCAUAUUUAGUAAGACUGAAACUCUGCUGUUUCUUUGACUUUGAGGUAUUGUGCAUUAAGAAAUACCAUAUUCUUUCUGAGGACUGUUAGCUGACAAGUAAAUUUUCAUAUUGAAGCAGUGUACCCUCUUAGGUCAUUUAAGCAGUUAGUUUCACGUACAUCACAGUUUGAUUUGUUUUUACUGAUAUCACCCUAAAGUAAAUGGGCAAUAAUUUAGUCGGCAGUUUUUUUACCUGUAGAAUAAUAUUUUGUGAUACAAAUAAUUUUUAUGUCAUGGCUGGUAUUUGCAAGAUUUUUUUGUGAAGUUGUGGAAAAAGCUUUAGAACAUAAUGAGCUGUAUGUUACUACUGCAUAAUUAUAUUUCACUGUGGUGUGCAUAAGAAAUAUACUGUUAUAAAUAUGGCAACUGGCAGGUACAUAUUUUUGUUGAACAGCAGUUAAUGUGUUUGUUAAUCCCUAUUAGUUUGUUGUAUUGUUACAUUGCAGCGCAGCCAUUUCUCUACAAGACACAUUUCAUAUAUGAUCUCAUGGCAGAGAUUGAUUGGAUUACAUCAGAUAAUCUCAGUAACUAGUAAUGUCUGUUAAAGGAAAUUUUUCUAACUUUCGUGUGUGUGCCAGUGGCAUCCAUUGUGUAAUCUGUGUGUUUGAUUUGCUGUAACAUUUUAUUAUACAUUUCAUUUCCAUUACUAUUGAUUUUAGAAUCGUAACAUUUUUUCUGUCACUCAGUCCACAGGGUGCAUAUAAUUUUGUUACAUUUUCAGUUUACAUUGAAAUUAACUGUGCUGAUUAUAUCCUAACAAAAAAAUUUAGAAUAAUUGCAAUGCUCAUGGCUUUUGUGGAGAGUCACUCCAUGUUAUUGUAAACACUCCAUAAAUCGCAAGUAUCAUUGAAAAAAAAAGUGUGAUAUUUAUUUGGGUGUGGUUGUGUUUUAACGUGAUGGAUGAAUGUAACGUGAACUUACCUGUUGUUUGUUUGAAUGUGUAAUUAAUUUGUAUGAUGAUUGUAUGCAUCUGUAAUUAAACUAAAAUGUGCUAAAUAAUUACUUGAAAUAUUAGGGGGAGGGAAUACUAAAAUUCAUUUACAUUUUCCUCAUAUAAAAUCAUAAUGCAAAGAAGUAAUGUUAUGUUCAGUGACACUUCAUAAUGAAUGGAAAGAACCAGUCAUAAAAAUAACCCUUAAUGGCUCCUCUGCUAUGUAACUAAUUGUUUUGUAAUUUUGACAGAAAUGAAAGAUCCAGAUACUUAGACUUAAUUUCUACAUUAUAACUUUUUGUUUAUUUGUUUAUGUUUCAAAAAAUACUUAAGUGCUUCAAUAAAAGUGGGCCAGAAAUUGUAAAGUUAAUACUUACAGCAUACAUGUAAUAAUGAACAUGCCUACUGAUUUUUCAAAAUUUAUUCAUUAUGUUACAGUCUCCUGCCUUUGUUAGAUGACUAAAUUAAUGGUGGAGGAAAAGUUUUAAAGACUGAGUGUGAUUUUUCUUAGAAUCCUUUUCUUGUAUUCUUUGUGCGUUAACACUUUUUUUAUAAAAAAUACUGAAUGACUAGUUCUUUCCUACUUCAGUUAUUUCUUGAGAUUUUGGGAAAUACACAAAGAAUCAUAUGGCUUUUCAGAUAUUUUCUGGCUUGACAUUUAUGUAGAUGAGCUACCCCUAAUACCCAGGUGUGUGAAUAUUUUGCAAAAUGAAAAGUUCCUCCAAUAUUUCAGAAGUCCAAUUUAAAAGAAGAAUUUUGUAUGUCAGACUGUGGCAUUUUGUACAAGUUUUGUAUAAAGUACUUUGUAUAUAGAGUGCUUCAUUUUGUAUCAGUGAUGUUGCUUCUUUGCUAGAAGCACAGAUAAUCAAAAUGCUUUUAUUGACAUCACAAACACAAUGUCCGGCAUCCACUGCCAUCGUUCUCUAUUGUGUAAUUGUCAAUUGUAAAAACAAAUUGCAUUAUAUGCGAAAGUAGAAACUGUGAUUAUCAUUUCACUGUAAAGUGAAUAGCAUAUUGAAUGAAAAUUAUUAGUGCUGUAAAAUAAUAUUUUUGUUUAGGCUUCCAUAAUGUUGAGUGAAGCUGUAAUUGAAGAAAACAUCAGUAUUCUUUUGUUAUGCUUUACAACAUAAAUACAAAUAAGAUUUUGUUUACAGCACAAUUUUAACAUUUGUGCAUUACAUGGCAUUCACCCCAAAAGGGAAUGAUGUGAAACACGAUAAGGUCGUCCAGGAUAUUAAUGUUAAUGUGGAAAUUUGUGCACUAAGCUGAUUGGCUUCUUUUCUCUCAGCUUGAAUCAAUAGGCAGAGUCCAUUGUCUUGUUAUGUAGGAUGUGUCAUUCCAUUGUUGUGAACCUAUUCAGAGGCUAUUGUGAUUAUGUGAAUCAGUCUGGACCAAAAAUUUCAGAUCAAGCAAGCAAAAACAAACACGAAGGAUUGUAUGGUAUAUUCUAAGCAAAUGUUAACAAGGAAUUUAAAAGUUACGUGGGAAAUCUCACUCGGUUUAUAUUUUAUUUUUCUAACAAUAACUUUUUGUUUCCUUUUGGGGUGAAAGUCAUUGUAUGUUGUGAUAAAUUGAUGCACUUUUAGCUUGUGAUAAUCAGUUGUAUGAAGGAGAAAAGAUAAAUUAAUGUACAUUAAAAUUUUCAGAUGAAAUAUAUUAUCCAAGUUGUAUUGGAAACUUUC